AUGACGGAUCACCUAGAAAAUCUCGACGCAUCACUACGGGACUUCGAUCUCCCAGCAAGCACACUGUCGCCCCGCCACUCAGUCCUCCGCAGCGAGGCGGCGACGGAAGAGGACCUCGAGGAUUCGGAGGUCGCGUCCGCCGGUGGAUACUCACCUCCAGCGUGGCGGAGACUCGGCAACGGAGACCGGAGUAGCGGCUUCUGGAGGGGACCUCAUGACUUCCUAGCCGCUGGUACGCAACGUGGCCUGAGCACUCUGAGAGAAAGUUCUCCAGAGUUUGAUGAUGAUAGUGAGGAUGAGAUGGUCCUAGAGAGGGCCAUCAGGACAAAGUUGCCCAAGGGAAGUCAGAGCCCGGACAAGGGCCGGAGCCCAAGUCCCGAGAGGCAUAAUGAUAGGACGAUUCAGGUCAAGGCUGAAGAUAGGGAAACUCCCGCAAGGGAGUUGGCUCUACAACACUCACCACCGGAUAAUUUACAACACCGCACUGAGCCUAUCGAGGCUGCCAUCAACUUUAUCCGUGAUCGCUACAAGACCUUGACACGGACAUGGUCCACCACCUUUACCAGUGUCCUCAUCGCCUUCUUCUCUCUCUCCCUUUUCAAGUCUCUGCUCCAGCCCGCCUCGCCGCGGCCUGUGGGCGAUCUCGUCAAAGUUGCAGGGCUCGCCCGCUCCUUUGAGCCUCUAAUCUAUUACUCAGAGCACGCCGUAUCCCAGGUUCAUGAUCUACAAGCCACGAGUGUCGCUGUAUGGGAUCUUGGCGAGAGCGUGCGCACAAGCGACAUGCGCGAUGCCAACAGCAUUGUGUCUGACCUGGAUGCUCUCAGUGAGACCAUGAAGACGUUGGCCAUUGAAAUGACCAAGUUUUUCGCUAGAGUCGAUGGUGAUAUCGAUGGCAUCCUCAACGUUAUGGACUGGGCAAAGAUGCACCUCAACCGCCUCAACUCGUCUCCCUCCCCUUCAACUCUCUCCUCCGCCUACGACAACAUCCACAACAUCCUCUCCCAAGCCCACGUCCUCGAAGACGGUGCCGGCUCACCAACACCACUCGGCCGCCUCACCACCCACAUCUUUGGCCUCUCCAACCCGCAGCGAGAGCAGCGCAUGGUACAGCUCCUCUUCACCGAGUUUAUCGCCGUUCUCGAGGAUUCGAUUCAGGCCGAACUACAACAUAGCGUAACCCUCUUCGCCCUGUUUGAGGCCGUCGACUUUCACUUUCUCAACCUUGCCCGCACCGUCGUACGCGAGUCCUCAGCCCAGGAGGAGCUCCACGCCGACAUGCUCUCCAGCCUCUGGACACGCCUUCUAGGCACCCGUGCCGCCGAGCUCCGCAAGUUUGAACAGAACCGUCAGUUAUUGCGCAAUGUCCGCGAGAAGACGGUCCGCAACAAGGGCAUUCUCGUCGAGCACAAUGGCAAACUCCUGACCCUCAAAGCCUCCCUCGAGACCCUCCGCAGCAAGCUCGUAUCUCCUCUCGUCCGCGGCGUCAACUCGACCACUCUCACGCUCGAGGACCAGAUCCAAGGCCUAAGCGACGUGAGCGAGUACCUAGGCGAGGUCAGGAAGCAGCAGAAGGGCAAGGUCAUGGAGACGCUCUUUGGCAGCGUUCCUGGCAAGAAGUACAUGAUUGAAGAAAGGCCUGACACAGUCGUGGUAAAUACCUUGUAAGGUGCGUUGCAUUGUGUGGAUUGGAGUACAACAACAACAACAACAUUGGUUGGCGAAUUGGUUUAUCGCAUGCAAAAAGGAUAAGGUCACCACCACCGGUCAGGCAGGCAGGACAAGGUCAUUUGCUUACUACUGGUCAAGCGAGGUCGGUUGGAAACGAAACAGUUUCAUGUUCACUCUGGAAUAGGCGUUUGGUUGCACUAUUGGAGUAGGUAGGUAGGUACACACACAUUCUCCUUGGUGUUUGCAUGCAUGUAUGUACAUGGGUAUUUACACCUUCAGGAAUAGCCCUAGUCUAUGAAUACAUUUUAGUUUACAGUCA